AUGAAGGUCUUAAGGAGGAGAGGGUUUGGUGUGGUCGCAACGGCGAUAGAGAUGAGGCGGUCCGAUCUAAUGAGUUUGAUGGCGGUGAUGAUUUUGGCCCCCUCCGAUGCGCGUCUCUUCUCGGAAUUUGAAGGCUUUCAUUUGAUUUUCGUCAUGACGUCAUUGAUCCGAAAUUCUACCUACCCUGAUGACUAUAAUAUAGUCUUAAAAGUCCUCUCCUCCAUCUCUACCCAAGAGAAAAACAGGCGAGAGAGAGAGAGAGAGAGAGAGAGACAAGAAGAUGAAGCUCUUUCACGGAGGGUCUGGAUUGAAUCAAAGAAGCUCUGGCACAUUGUGGGCCCUGCGAUCUUCAGCCGUAUCGCCUCCUACUCCAUGUUCGUCACCACCCAAGCUUUCGCUGGCCACCUUGGCGACCUUGAGCUUGCUGCUAUGUCGAUUGCCAGUAAUGUCAUUAUUGAUUUCAACCUCGGUCUCUUGUUGGGAAUGGCAAGUGCUCUUGAAACGCUAUGUGGACAAGCUUUUGGAGCCCAAAAGUACUACAUGUUGGGUGUGUAUUUGCAACGCUCUUGGAUUAUUCUAGUUGGUUGUUGUGUGUUGGUUUUGCCUAUGUAUGUAUUUGCUUCUCCAAUCUUGAAGUUAUUCGGUCAGCCUCCUGAUGUGUCCGAGCUCUCUGCUUCUGUCCUCUUGUGGAUGAUUCCUAUUCACUUCAGCUUUGCAUUUCAGUUUCCUCUGCAGAAAUUCUUGCAGAGUCAGCUGAAGACUGGUGUGAUUGCGUGGGUGUCCCUAGCGGCUCUGGUUGAACAUGUGGUUGUGAGUUGGUUGCUUGUGUAUAGGCUCAAGCUUGGAGUGGUUGGGGCUGCUAUUUCUUUGAGUGUCUCUUGGUGGGUUUUGGUGUUUGGGCUGUUUGGUUAUACCAUUUGUGGUGGGUGUCCUCAUACUUGGACUGGUUUCUCCAUUGAAGCCUUUUCAGGUCUUUGGGAAUUUGUGAAACUCUCUGCUGCUUCUGGGGUCAUGCUUUGUUUGGAGGACUGGUACUACAGAAUACUGAUAUUGUUCACUGGAAACCUAGAGAAUGCAAAAAUAGCAGUGGAUGCUUUAUCCAUAUGUACGAUCAUCAAUGGAUUUGAGAUGAUGAUUCCUCUUGGGUUCUUUUCUGGAACUGGAGUUAGAGUUGCAAAUGAGCUCGGAGCAGGAAAUGGAAAAGCUGCCAAGUUUGCUACUACAGUUUCAGUGGUGACAUCUACUUUGAUCGGUCUCUUCUUUUGGCUAUUAAUUCUGAUAUUCUACAACAAAAUUGCCUUCUUGUUCUCCUCCAGUACACCUGUAUUGGAAGCAGUAAACAAACUCUCGCUCCUCUUGGCCUUUGCAAUUCUCCUCAACAGUGUCCAACCAGUUCUAUCCGGGGUAGCUGUGGGAUCGGGAUGGCAGUCAUAUGUGGCAUUCAUUAACAUUGGUUGCUACUAUGUGAUUGGAGUCCCACUUGGAUUUGUAAUGGGAUGGGUUUUCCACCGAGGAGUUAUGGGUAUAUGGGCUGGAAUGAUAUUUGGCGGCACUGGAAUUCAAACUCUAAUAUUGGUCAUCAUAACGGUUAGAUGUGACUGGGAAAAAGAGGCAACGAGGGCAAGCAUGCAUGUAGAGAAGUGGGGAGGCUUGAAUUGAUGAUAAUCUUUUCUUUUAUAUAAGAAACUCAGAAUGUUGAUGAUGGUUUUGUUGGAAGUUAAUAAAAAAUUUAACUUUCAGUGUUAUCGUGUGUUAUCGAGUGAGUUUGGUUUUGAAAUUAAAAUAAAGUGGUUGAUAGGUUAAG